GGGCCACGCGGGCGAGGGCUGCGGGAGGCGGGGCGCCCGGGCCGGGGGCGGAGCGGCGGCCGCAGCCGUGAGCCCGCCCCCCGCUCGCCCUCCGCCGGCCGGCUGGCGCGGCCAUGGAGGUCUACAUCCCGUCCUUUCGCUACGAGGAGAGUGACCUGGAGCGGGGAUACACGGUGUUUAAGAUAGAAGUGCUAAUGAAUGGAAGAAAACAUUUUGUUGAAAAAAGGUACAGCGAAUUUCAUGCCUUGCACAAAAAGCUUAAGAAAUGUAUAAAAACUCCAGAAAUCCCUUCUAAACAUGUCAGAAACUGGGUCCCAAAAGUUUUGGAACAGCGACGACAAGGUUUGGAAACUUAUUUACAGGCUGUCAUUUUAGAAAAUGAAGAACUUCCCAAACUCUUUCUUGAUUUCCUAAAUGUGAGACACUUGCCCUCUCUACCAAAGGCAGAAAGUUGUGGAUCUUUUGAUGAGACAGAAUCUGAAGAGUCAAGCAAACUGUCCCACCAGCCGGUGCUGCUGUUCCUCAGGGAUCCAUACGUCUUGCCUGCAGCCAGCGGUAAUCAAACCUGUCAUCUGCUAACAGCUCUUUACUGAUCUGACCCUGCACCACAUAAACCACGUUUUUAAUACAGAUUUUCCAAAUGUGGUUAUUGAAGGAGUUCUCCAUGGGAUAUUUUACCCUCAUCUGCAGCCCAGGUAGAAAUCCUACUUGGCUCAAAGAAGCUGAAGCAAGUUUUCAAAGUCAUAGUCAAAGAAAUCGAUAUCUACCAAAUUAACCUAAACUCUAUGGCAUAACAGCUCUAGCUAGUGGUAAAAUCCACAGUCCCAGCUUAAUUCAGGGCAGGGACGUUUCCAUUAGAAUGGUGCUUUUAAAAAUAGAAACUGUACCAGGGUGGUGGUCAGGUUAAGGCCGAGUGUUUAAGAAGUAGAAGUAGCUGCCAACUUAGAAACCCAUCAAAGGAGGUCACGGUAGAUUGCUGGGAGCACAGAGUGUCGCCGAAGUUACUCUCUGCUUCAGUCGCACCAUUUACUAAUUGAACAUCAUAUCCUGAAUCAUCCUGAGACUGAUCAGCUUUGGUGGAUUUUUGUUCAGAUCUCAUGACACACUAAUCUUUUCAUCCUGCAAUUUUCUUGGCCGGUGAUUGUACAUUCGGAAGUGCUGGCACCAGAAGAACGUCACAGAAACACACUGUGCUGUGAGGAAGGAACCAAACUGGAAAUUAAAUUUUAUUGACAGUAUUAUGACAUUUAAAAAUCAUGGCAUUUUAAUUUAUACUACAGUGGAGUUAUAUCCUGUCCCAGAAGUGAACUUCUAACAGCAGUGCCUAAGAGGAAAUGGUGUGUUAGGACUACCCUUGAAAGCCCUUUAAAAAGGUACCAUAUUGGAAGUCUGUACACCCACCCAUCAAGUCUCUUCUCCAGUGUUGGAAGAUAAUAGUGUUCCUUUGAAGACCAAAUUUCAUUGAUGGUGGUGGUUUGGGGGCAAUUGUGU